ACCCUGCAAGCCAUAACCUUCCAAAUUCAAGCUGCUUUGAUCCUUUUCAGCAUCGCGACGUUGCCGGCGGCCGUGUCCCGAUUAUGAGCCUUGAUUCGCUAUAAACGCAGGCAAGGGGAAUCAACCGAGAAAGAGAUAGCUGCUGCUUUCAUUGCUGCUAUUUUGUUUUUGCUUUUUGAAGUCCACCUCCUUUCUUUGGCGCUCCCCCCUCCCGAGUUUUGGAAGAGACGAUCCCCCAGGCAAGGGUGCAAUUUUCACGCGGCCGCUGCCCCUCUGGAGAGGGGAGAAUGCUUUGCGGGGAGGCCUUGCCGAGCUGCCUUUCUCCUCUUCGGCCGCUGGAGGGCAAUAUGGGGCGCCCCAAUCCUUCCGCGCAGGGCUUGCUACGGUAGCAGUCAGGCAUUUUCCCUUCCUGUUUGGAGACCAACCUUGCCUUGUUUAAAAAAAAAACCUAGAAGAAUCCGAGGGACUGGCACCUUGAACUUGGCCUUGGUUUAUUUCCCCUGUCCCUCCUUUUCUCCCUUUUCCACCCCCUUCUCAAUCCUUUCUCCCCUUCUGCUCCGCUCUUUAGCAAACCUCUCCCUUCUCCUCCUUUUCUCCUUCCCCUCUUCCCCCCUUUUCCACCCUCCCUCCUUCCUUCUUCCAUGGCGGAGACAAAAAUAAUUUACCAUAUCGAUGAAGAGGAGACCCCUUAUUUGGUGAAAUUGCCCGUUUCUCCGGAAAAAGUCACUUUGGCGGAUUUUAAAAAUGUCCUCAGUAACCGGCCGGUGCAUAGCUACAAAUUUUUCUUCAAGUCGAUGGACCAGGAUUUUGGGGUGGUAAAGGAAGAGAUCUCGGAUGACAAUGCAAAGCUCCCAUGUUUCAACGGACGUGUCGUGUCCUGGCUGGUCCUGGCCGAGAGCUCACAUUCAGAUGCCGGCUCGCAAUGUGCCGAAAGCCACACGGAUCUUCUUCCUCCCAUUGAGCGAACCGGAGGCAUUGGAGACUCUCGCCCCCCUUCGUUUCACCCGAAUGCCUCAAGCAGCCGAGAUGGGCUGGACAAUGAAACAGGAACAGAGUCAGUGGUCAGCCACCGGCGGGAUCGUCACCGACGGAGGAACCGAGAAGGCCAUGAAGAUGUCUCUCGCAUCAAUGGGCACCCGAAGCUUGACCGACUUUGGGAGCCUCCCCCCGGUUACGACAGCUCAUCUACCGUCAUGAGCAGUGAACUUGAAUCCAGCAGCUUUGUGGACUCGGACAACGAGGAGAACACCAGCAGGCUGAGCAGCUCGACAGAACAGAGCACUUCGUUCCGUCUCAUUCGGAAGCACAAGCGCAGGCGAAGGAAACAGAAAAUGCGGCAGAUUGACCGGUCAUCCUCCUUCAGCAGCAUCACAGAUUCCACCAUGUCCCUCAACAUCAUCACUGUCACCCUCAACAUGGAAAAAUACAACUUCCUGGGGAUAAGCAUUGUCGGCCAGAGCAAUGACAGGGGAGACGGCGGCAUUUACAUCGGCUCCAUCAUGAAGGGCGGGGCAGUGGCAGCCGACGGGCGGAUUGAACCAGGCGACAUGCUCUUACAGGUGAACGAGGUCAACUUUGAAAACAUGAGCAACGACGAUGCCGUGCGGGUCUUGCGGGAAAUUGUCUCCAAGCCCGGACCCAUCAGCCUAACAGUGGCCAAAUGCUGGGAUCCUACCCCCAGGAGUUACUUCACAAUCCCCAGGGCUGAGCCGGUGCGGCCGAUCGACCCCGCGGCCUGGAUUUCUCAUACCACGGCUUUGACGGGAGCAUACCCCCGUUACGGUAUGAGUCCUUCCAUGAGCAUCAUCACUUCUACCAGCUCCUCACUAACAAGCUCAAUUCCCGAUUCGGAAAAGCUGAAUGAGACCCCUUUGACAGUGAAAAGCGACAUGGCCACCAUUGUCAAAGUGAUGCAGUUACCAGAUUCGGGGCUAGAAAUUCGGGACAGGAUGUGGUUAAAAAUCACCAUCUCCAAUGCGGUGAUUGGAGCAGACGUCGUCGACUGGCUUUACUCCCACGUGGAAGAUUUUAAAGACCGCAGGGAAGCCCGGAAAUAUGCCAGCAACAUGCUGAAGCAUGGCUACCUCCGACACACUGUGAAUAAGAUCACUUUCUCAGAGCAGUGCUAUUACGUCUUUGGAGAUCUUUGUGGCAAUCUGGCUGCAAUGAACCUUAACAACGGUUCCAGCGGAGCUUCUGACCAAGACACCCUGGGCCCCCUCCCGCACCCCUCCACGCCGUGGCCGCUGGGGCAAGGUUACCCUUACCAGUACCCGCUCGCCCCUCCGUGUUUCCCGCCAGCCUACCAGGAUCCUGGUUUCAGCUAUGGGAGCGGCAGCGCGGGAAGCCAGCACAGCGAAGGAAGCAAAAGCAGCGGCUCGAACCGAAGCAACAGCGAGAACAGCCGGCGAGCCCUGAGCCGGGAGAAGGAUCGCAAGUCAGCCGGCGGCAGCAGCAGCGGGUCGGACCCGGCCAGCUGGAGCGGGGGUGGGGGGGGCGUCCUGCGGCCUGAGCGGCCCCCCAGCCAGCUUAGCCACCGCAGCCACGUCUCGGCCACCCCCAGCGAGAGGAGUCCUCGCAGCCACCACUCCUACGGGCCGCCGGGGCUGCCCUCUCUCGGGAGUUUCCCAAAGCUGGGGGGCAAGGUCUACAUGACCAGCGGGCCACCUGGAGGACCUCCGGUGCGGGAACUCGGCUCUGUCCCUCCCGAACUGACCGGGAGCCGCCAGUCCUUCCAGAAGGCCAUGGGCAACCCGUGCGAGUUCUUCGUGGACAUCAUGUGAACGGAAGUGCCUUCAGAGAGAGUCCGCGCAGAGGGUUCCUGUUCUGUUGGCAGACUGGCGCUGGGCUUUUUUCUUUCUAAGCAAGGGGGAAGAGAGCAAAAGCUUGCCCCCACUCCCCCCACCCCCACCCCUGACAAUCUUUUGCAUGUCACGCCCUUCUGACUCUUGAUUGUGUUUUGCCAGCAACCAGGGAAGAGCGGUUGAUUCCAGGAUGUUAAUAUCUGCCAGUCAGGCAUAUUUUGUCGUCCUCCCCUUUUUCCCCUUCCCCUCCCCUUCCUUUUUCUGAAUGUGAUUGAUAAGUGUUCUCUCCACAUAUCUUAAUGAGCUUUGUUAUGCGUGGCACCUUUUCUCAGUGCAAUUUUACUGUGUUCUCCUUGGCUUAAUCAAGGGAUCGUAUUUUACUUAUAGUACUUAAAAACAAAAAAAACAAAAAGCAACACGCAAUUCUCUGGUCCUGCAUAUUUGCACCUUUAAAGAAUACUCUGGUUUCUUUCUUUCCAAUUUUGGGGGGGAAAAGCAAAACUUACAAUGAGGAGGAUUUGUUCUGAUAAAGACAACGCAACUAACUAGGGGCUAUGAAAUUGGGGUGCGUCUGUCUGUGUUCAUUUGUUGAGCCCCAUUGCAGCAAUGGGUAGAGAUCUCUCUGUGGGUCUGUUUCCUCCUUCCUUUUGGCAAUUUUUUCAUGAAGGUUUCCUUUGCACAUUCUGGCCAUGGUUCAAUACUGGUGGAAAAACCAUGUUGUGAGAUACUUGACAGGUUGCAUUUCUCUUCCAAAACCGGGUUUGGGUUCCAUAUUUUACACCAUACUUUGGGUUCCAUAUUUUACUACAAGGUGUAAAAUAUGGAGCCCAAACUCUUGGGUUCCAUAUUUUACACCUUGAAAGAAGAUUCUGGUGAUUGUAGGGCUUCAGCAGGUACUACAGGCAGUUGUGCCAAGUGGUCUUCCAUCCAUCACUUUCCUUCAGACAGAGAGAAAGAGAAUUGCUGCUUUCGUCGAUCACACACCCUGAAACUGGCAUUGUGUCUUGCCACUCUCUGUCCUUCUGCACAAUUUUCCCUUCCUCUCUGGGACUGGCCCAGCCUUCCUAUGGCACAACUGAACUCUCCUUUCGUUGUCUCGUCUCCUAGCAAAUGGUCAACCUUGGAGAAGCAUCUCUUGGGGUGCUCCUGUUUCCAUAGAUGAUUUGGCCCAAGUGAGGUCUUUUCCUUUGACCCACGUAUUCUGUGUCUUAAAAAAGCUGAAGCAGCAAGGCAAACAAACCCCUCCCAAGCUGAAAAGUCAGAUGGCAAGAAAGAACAUAGCUUUGUUGGCACUUGUUAGAGAAAUCCUACCUGCGACGUGGUGUGUUUUUUUCCAAAUUUUACUAUUCUAACUUUGUUUUAUUAUGGCUGUGUUUGCACCUGGAUAUUAUUUGCAGUUUUUUAAUGGUACUGGCUCCCCCCCCCCUCCAUUGCUCUGAGUUAAGAAUAUUUGGGGGAGUGCAUAGGUUUUGGUGGAAGAUCUGGGGAGCCUGGUUUUCCGGAAGGCCAAUGAAGAUCGGAAGGAAAGAAGAGGGGUGCGUAGGAAGAGAGAGGGAAUUACACAGAGCGGUGUUUCUCAACCUUAGCAAGGUGUGUGGACUUCAACUGCCAGAAUUCCCCAGCCGGCAAAUUGCAGAAUUCCCCAACCAGCGUGCUGGCUGAGGAAUUCUGGGAGUUGAAGUCCACGCAUGCUGGCUGAGGAAUUCUGGGAGUUGAAGUCCACGCAUGCUGGCUGGGGAAUUCUGGGAGUUGAAGUCCACGCAUGCUGGCUGGGGAAUUCUGGGAGUUGAAGUCCACACAUCUUAAAGUUGCCAAGGUUGGGGGACAUUGCACUAGAGGGACAAGGUAGUUUCCUGCUUACAUGAUGUAUCAUCUGUGUACUUUUGGCCUCCCGGUGAGAAAACUAUGACAAAUGGUGAAAAGGCAGAAGAAAAAAAUCCCAGGGUGAUUUGAGGAUAAAUGAGUGAGGCCUGUUACAGAAUGUUUCAGAUGCCAGCCAGCCACCUGUGCCCCUCCCCCACAGGAUUCCAUUCCAUGCCUCCCCUCCAUUUUUUACCAUUGGAUAUGGGAAUGUGAUGUUGUGAACCAGCAAAUGGGAGCCACAAGACGCUUUUGCUCCGUAGAAUGUUCCAGUGCCUUCCAACCGGUGUCUCUCUCCCUGGAUGUAGAUGAUGGGAAUCAGUGGGCACCAGCUUGUGAAGGCAGGUCUUAGACCACUCCUAUAUAACAAGGGCAGGCAGUGGGUCCCUAUGAAUCUCCCAAGGUCUUUGUUUUUCCAGUCCUAUUGAUCAAAGGAGAUCCUUCAAGGUAACUAGAGAGUCUGUGCCCAGCUGAUGACCCACGUUGGUUUUUCACACAUGCCGUGCACACUGUUUUUCUCUCUCUCUAGUUCUCUAUGGUUGUGGGUGUGAAACAGGUACCCUUGACUGGCUGUUGUUGUUUCUUUAAACAAUUCUGGCUAAUACUUGGAUAUUUGAGAGCUGUGCCUAAUGGCAAACUGUAGUAGGUGUUACUCUUUUGAAGGAAUUGUAUUGUGGUCCCAAAUGGUUGGUUUAUCUUGCUGGGCAGCACGAUCCAACCUGUUCAUUCAGAGAAGUUAGUUCUCAUAAAUUCAUUGAGGAAAGCAUGUGGCAGUUUACUGUUGCAGAGACUAUUUUGAAAAGAUGUGUUUACCCCUUUAAAAUCUCUGGCACGUUCACGUUUUCUGUUUCAGAGGGAUAUAAAGUAGCUCCUAAAUGUUUUACCCAAAUGUGAUCGGAUAAGCCAGCCAUGUUUUGUGGGCAUGACCUUCUGCCUUGCCUUUAAUCCUUUCUCUUGCCAGCCGGUGAGCCCAUCUCGGGCACAGAGAAAACAUUGAAAUUGGAGGGUUCGUCUUAGCUGCUUUUCCCCCUUUAAAGUUGCAUUUUACUGGAUAGUAAGGAAUAAUGUCAAAGGAACAGCCUAAUUCUAAUCAGAGAUUAGAAUGAUGCAUAGAAAAUUUAUGUACAGUAGAGGGGAAAAAAUAGAAAUAAAUGAAAUAAAGGCAGGGAAUGAAAUCCCUGCCCAUCAACUCUAAAGGAUCCUAGCAUUGAUUUCUUGAUGAUGUGUGAAUGGCACACUCCCCUCAUUUUCAAUAUCUUCUUCAUUUUCUGAAUUUUGGGAUUGGUCUUUUUUUUUGUAGAUAUUGUAUGAAAAACUCCAGUUGUCUGUAUAGUUAAUAUAUAGCUGCUUAUGUGUAAAUGCUAUUUUAAACUCUAAAAAAAAAAGCUUUUACUUUUAUGUGACAAAUGCACUUUCGUGAUUUUUCUUCAUUGGUGGUGGCAACAUUUUAUUCUGAGAUAUUAUAUAUAUAUAUUUCUGUUG